CGCCGCUUGUUACCUUAUCGUUCAGCUGGAAGCCCAAGCUCGACGCGUAAAAAUGCGCGGACCUACACAAACGUCAUAGUUCGGCAGUUGUCGCUUUUACCUUCUCUACCUUGCCUUGGCUGGCAUCUUAAGCUUCCCUUAAUUUCCUCCGAGAUUCUCAACUUAAUUUCUGCCAGAAGAGAUGUCAGGUUGGUCUUGGUCGCCUAGACAGGCCAUGCUACAAAUGAGCCAGCCGUGUCCUAAUAUCCCACCUCGGAGCCUACCAAGCAUGCCAGCUCUCAACCUACCUCACCCAUCUGCUCCAAACCCAGCCCUGCCUGUGUAUAACCAUCAGCCUGUCUAUAACAAGGCUGGUCCUCUGCCUGUUUCCAACAACCCCGCGCCUCCUCUUGUUCCUGUUCCUGGUCCCAUCCCCAACAACUCAACUUCUCCUGCCUACUACAACCCACCACCACCAUUUGUUCCACACACAUCCGGGGCUCAAGCAUCAGGCGGUCCACCUUUGCUUAUGAAUACCUCAUCUAUGGCAAGAGGAAUGCCUUCUGGAGCACCGCCAAUCCCGGCUCCAGCUCCAGCUACGACAACCACCAGCUCUAGGAAGCGCAAGGCUGAUGUUGGUCCUGACAACACCCAAGAGGAUCUUUUCCCCGACAAUGUGUCGGAUAUAGACAGCGAAGAUGAACGCCUAGCUUUUCAUGACUCAGACACUUGCAAUGCCAUUCGUCGUAAGAUUCGUAACUGGAUCGACUCAGGUGCUCAAAAAGUUGGCGAGUUUCAGAAAACCAUUGGAGUCAGUGGCAAAUCCUACAAUAGCUUUAUGAACCGGACUGGCACAUGGGACGGCGAGAACACCGAUACGUACACCAAAGCCCAUAUCUUCUUCAAAAAGCGUGAGCUUCAGGGGCUCCCCCUCAAGGCCAACAAACCUAUGAAAGCAAAGACAGCUGCUUCCGCCAAGGCCCUUGAAGAAGUUCUUGAUGUGAGCAACGUUGACCCCCUUCCUGGUGAGGCAGACGGAACAGUUCCCAUUUACGACACCUGCGACGAGAUCCGCAAGAAGAUUCGGCCUAUGUUAGCCAAGGAGGGAAUGACACAAGCAGCUUUCAUCCGCGCUCUCAAUAAGAACCUCCCCGAAGGAAAAAGCGUAUCCCCGGCCAAUAUGCGGUACUUCAUGGGCCGAAAGGGGGUCCGCGAUGGCAACACCAACAUCGCCUUCUAUGCGGCUUAUGUUUUCUUCGAAAAGAAGCGUAUUCAGGCUGGCAAGCCCAAGACGCAAUUCCGCCAGAAGAUGGAGAAGGCAUGGGGCAACAAAGGUUUUGAUAUUGAGCAUGGGGCCAACCAACAGUACACUUGUUCUGCUGGGGAAGAGCCGGUAGUGGAUGAGUUUGGCAAAAUUGACUUUGUUGUGACAGGACGACGUAGGUGAGAAAGACGCAUGUGCUUGUGGAAAGAAGAGGAAACAUAAAAGAGGGAUAAAUUCAAACCUGUUGAUGUUGUCUGAUACCAUAGCAUUUGAACUGAUUUGGGUGUGUUAUCUACAUAAACAGAUGUCUGGAUAGGAAAGAGAAUAGCAAAAGGGCGUGUCUGACGGGUUUGGUUCUAAUCUACAUCUAGUAAAGGAAAAGUAUUGUCACCCAUGGCCUCCUCGAUUCUCUUCAUGAUUGC